CGCCAGCCGCAGCACACACAGCUUCUCCGCGAGUCAGGGCGAGAGGUGCGAAGCAAGGACACGAGGUCCGGAGGAAAUGGACCCCCUGUUCGUGGUCGACGCCCGACACCAUGGGAAAGGACCGGUGAUCUUCGCGUGGCACCCGCAGGGCACCCUGCUCGCCACCUCGGGGUCGAACCGCAUGGUGCACAUCUUCACCUGCCACGGCCAGCUCCUCCACACCAUCAAGUCUCUGCCAACCACCAGCGCCUGCACUGCACUGGAGUGGGACCCGCUCGGGCUUUCCCUAGCGAUCGCCCAGGCUAACUCAUCGGUGGUGGUGCUGUGGUUUACCCGACAGUGGAAAACGAGAGCUGUCGACGUGGGAGUCAAGGUCGGACGUGACUUUCGUGAGCUGGUCCAAGACGGGGGACUACCUCGCCCUCGGCACCGGGAAGGGGACCAUGUGCAUAUACCACCGCCGCACCAACGAGAAGGCAUGAUGUGGGCGGCGGGCAAGCACAAGCGGCGAAUAAACUGCGGCGCGUGGAGCUACCAGAACCAGCUCGCGUACGGCAGCGACGACAAGCAGAUCUCGGUCACUUCGGAGACCGGGCAGAUCCAAGACCAGGUGAAGGUGAAGUGUCGGCCGCUGGACGUGGCCUUCGGCGGAAAGCAGGACCAGGACGAGUGCAUCGUGAGCGUCAACAUGGACGGCCGAACCAUCCUGCUCUACAACCUCCACGACCAGGAGAACGCCCUCGAGCUGGCCUUUCAAACGAGGUACGGCAAGAUUCUAUCGUACCGGUGGUUCGGUGACGGUUACAUCAUGGCCGGCUUUACGUCAGGCUUCAUCGUCGUCAUCUCCACGCACGCCCACGAAAUAGGAAGAGAGCAGUACUGCGCCAAGUUCCACACGGGCGAGCUCCGAGGCAUCGCCCACUGCGCCGCCACGCACAAGCUGGCCACGUGCGGGGACGGGUCCGUGAAGCUCAUCGAUAUGCGCGACUGGCGGUGUUGGGGAGUUGACUCGAUAAACGCUCCGGACUUGCAGGAGAUCAAAACCCAUCGCCUCGCCAAGGAGGCGGGGCAACUGGACAGCCUUAGCAUCUCGGACAACGGAAGGCUCCUGGGCGUGGGCUCCUGCAGCGGCUCCUUGUACGCCUACGUCGUCCGUUCCGCUGCGGAAGACGUCUCGCGCCUCUACCCCCACGCGUCCACGGCCCUCGCCCUCCGACCGCUGCCGCUCGUGAGGGCGGUCCUGGCCGGAGCGGGCGCGCUCGCGGCGGCGCUAGCGGCGCUCGCCUUCGCGCUAGGGGUCCCGGUGCAGGACGUGGCGAGCGCCGUGCUGUGGUGGGAGGGGGGCCCCGCGGCCGGGGUCUCCGCCAGGUGGGGGGGGGGUGGUUCCGGCAGCAGCUUUGCGUUGUAGUCAUGUUUUCGUGAUUAGGCGCACGCACGUCCGUCGGGAUGUGUAGGUAUGUAUGGCGGGAGGGAGCCUAGGCACGCGGCGCUUGCGCGCGCGCUUCCGGCUGGUACGGGGCUUGCGAAUCAUCAUUGAUUACAUACCCGGUCAGAGCGGUCGAUUGCUAAUUUUACGGAAUCACACACACGCACGUUGUGCGCGGGGAAGGUAGGUAAGUGAGCACCGGUGUGUUUCGCUUGUAGCGCACGGGUUUCGGCGGUUGGAGGCGGGGUGUGCGAUUUUUGUCGAGAAGGGGGAGGGGG